AUGGUUGGUGAUUUUGCUGGAAAGGAAGUGUUCAUUCAUAGAAUUCCACUUGAACUAUCAAAGGAUGAACAAUAUCAUGUCCCAUAUAAAAGAACUCAAUUUCCUGUGCAAUUAUCAUUUGCAAUGACUAUUAAUAAAGCACAAGGGCAGACAUUAGAUGCUGUUGGAAUUUACCUCAAAGAACCAGUAAUUUCGCAUGGACAAUUGUAUGUUGCGUUAUCGCGUGCACGUACAGCUGCAAAUGUUAACAUGUUAAUAAGCUCUGCUUUUUUUACAAAGGACAGCGUAAAGCGCAGAAAAGAUAUUGUUUAUAAACAAAUCAAGAUGCAGAGGAAAUUUGUCCAAAUUAAAGAAGUUGAUGACAAAAUAUCAGCAUGGACCUCAAUUGUUCAGGGAACGAAAGUAUCUGCAGUUGUCUAUUCCGCUGAUUUGGAGGUGGUUUCAAAAAGGAUGGUGUCGUACAAGCGGUAUAAUGUCUCCAAUGCUAUUGUCAGUCCAGUUGAUCCAAGAUAUCAAGUUAGUGACUAUGCAUACAAGUGGACCCUUAAAAAAAGCACCUUAAUGGAAGCUUACGAAGAACCAAUGCCGCCACAAUUUCCAUGCCACAUAGAAAUCCAACAAUUUCAGAAUUUAUACCAAUUUGCUGACACAGAAAAUUUGCAAAAUAUCAUGGGUGUCGUCGUGCAUGCCUUACAUGUCAAAGGAACUGGAAAGUCAAGAACAAGGGAUAUAGUCAUUGUCAAUGAAGAGAAAUAUCUUGCUCGCAAUGAGGAUCAAAGUCACAACUUUCAACUGUACAUAGAACACAAAGCUGAAGUUGCACAUCUAAUUGAAAACAAAGCAUUCAUGAAUGCCUCUGUCCUUUUGCCACCACCAAAUGGCAAUCAUGUUGUCACAGUUCAAGAAGCUUUGCGUUCACUUAACAAAACAGUGCAAGGUCAGGUCACCAUGGUCACAAACCAGAAAUCCUUAUGGUUCAGUGCAUGUGGACAUUGUCACACUAAGCUUGAAGUUCCAAUUGGUGAUGAUUCGUCUUACUCCAUAAUGGAAAAGGAAGCAGAAAAACAAUCAGCAGGAAGCUCCACCAAGCGAAAACUAAUCUUCAGCGGCCCAAGUGAUUCCAAAGGUGAAACCAACCAGGAAAAAUCGUCAAAGCAGCAUAUCGGCACUUCAAAUGUGGAACAAAAAGAUUUCAAUCUGAAAAAACCACCUUUUUCGGAUCUUUAA